GUUCCCAAGACUGCGCCACUAGAGUCGCUGGGAGUUUCAGUGAGAGCAGGCCCUCAGCUGGGACCCCACCCCAGGGCAGAGGAAAUAAGAACUGGCCUGAAUUUGGGCCCCAAACUGAAGCGAGGGGAGACGCCAGCUGCCCGGACAGGCUCUGAAUCGUCACUGGCCAGGUUCUUCCACCACAUUGCUCCGCUGGGGCUCUUCAGUUCCCUGGCCCGGCUCCUCCACCAGCUCUCGGCCUGGGGCGGCUCCUCCAUCCCUGUGGAGAACAUUGGCAGCCAGGACGAUUGCGCCCCUUCCCCUGACAGACCCGUGCGGCACGCCAAGAAGCGUCUCGGCAGACUGGCGCACCUCCUGUUCGCCAUCAUCCCCGCCAGGUUCCAGCGUGCCCUCGGCUACCUGCCGGCAGACUGCAUGGGUCAGAGCGGGAUCCCUGAGGAGAUCCAAAAAAGUCCAGUCAGGCCCUCCGGCAAAGGGAGCAAAAGGAAACAAGAUGAUGUCGCUCUGGAGGAGCAGCAGUCCUGGGUGGAGAUCUUGCAGCAAGAGCUGCCCGAGGACGAUGAGGCCGAAGACUCUACCUAUGAGCCAACGCGAUCGGAGACGGACAGCGAGGAGUACAGGUCUCAAAACGAGACAGAGACCGACCUGGAGUUUGAAGAGAAAGACGGGGUCCUGGUGCUGAUGGAAUCGCAGAGUCUGCAGGGGACUCCGACUGGCGAGAACAUGCCGGCUGCAGCGAGCGGCGGUGGUGGGGACGCCCUGGAGCAGCCGGCUGCAGCGAGCGGCGGUGGUGGGGACGCCCUGGAGCAGCCGGCUGCAGCGAGCGGCGGUGGUGGGGACGCCCUGGAGCAGCCGGCUGCAGCGAGCGGCGGUGACUGGGUUGAAGUGAUUGGUAAGCAUGUCUCUCCCUUGCACACAGGUGCUUUCUCCUGGGGCAAGGGGGGAUGGAUCUGUGCACACAGGGGCAAGGGGGCUACUCAAACUGCCUCUUGAGAGCAUGUUUCCCCAAUACCGUGAGCAUUAUAGGAUGUUCUCCCUUCCCCUGGGUGCCUUGGGAAGGCAGGAGGGUGUUGGGGGCUCAGACACCUCCUUUUCCAGGUCCUAAACUCCCACCUGCUGAAAUGGCCGGCUUCAUUGACCACCUGAGCCACCACAUCUGCUGAGCAAGGCCCUGGUGCCAGUUGCUGAAUGGCUGUUGGCAAUGCUCAAGCUAGUGGGGUGGUCUUACUCAGGGAAGGUCAAUCACCUCCCUCAUCUGAUCCACUCAGGUGAGUGCAGGGCAACGUGGAAUCCGGCCCCAGUCUCUAGUGGCCAGAGGAGAUGGUGUAGGCCCACUUGAGCAUCGGGUUAGAGAGGAAAGCCAUGCAGAACUGUGCUCCGUGUUCAUGCAGGGACUGGAGUCAGGACUCCUGGCUCAAGUCCCAGUUCUCCAAUAGUCACUCUGACCGUGGCCAAUUCCCAUCAACACUUUUUGCUUCCAUGACUUUCCCCCUGGGGAUAAUCCUUAGACCCUCAACCCUUCCAGCCCAGUGGAGGCAAGUGUGGGAGAUGCUUGGAUGACAGGCCCCUAACCUAUGCACCUCACCUCCCUCUUGAAGAGGACUCUGAGUGGCUGUGCACUUCCCAAGUGCCCACUAAUGCAGCUUGUUCCCACACACUGGACUGACUGCCGGUGCUUUGUAUUAAUUUCUCUUGAAAGCACUAGUGACUCUGGUAAACUAGAUGUGACUGUAUCCAACCUGUUUAAAGCCCUAGUUCCCGAAUGAUCCAUUGACCACCAGUGUCCUGCGGAGCACUGGUGGGUGGGCCGGCUGGCUGGUCACAUGGUCCUAGGCCCUCCAUUUCCACCUGCUAAGCUCUGUUAAAAUGGCUAAAUACAUUGGACGCUCUGCGUGUAGAUGCUAAAGCUGCUAUUCCUUUACCAGCGGAAAGAGGCAGCCCAGUCAAAUAGGCGAACAGGCUUCCAAGCAGCGCUCGAAGAAUGGUCCAUGCACCAAAGUUUGGAGAUGCCUGGCUUAAAGGAUUACAAAACACCAAGCCCAGGCUUACUACCACCUCUUGUUCCCAUCAGCAACUGACUGCAACUCACCCUGUCUGAAGUUGACCAGGGCUGUUAGAACUUUGGUCCUAUUGGCUCACCUGAUUUGAGCUCUUCCAUCUAGGGUAUUGGUGAGAAUCGGGACCUCCUGUGAGGUCACUUAACUUCCCCAGAGGGGUAGGCGUGUUAGUCUGAAUCUGUAAAAAGUAACAGAGGGUCCUGUGGCACC